AGCCGCCGCCGCUGCCCUGCGAGCUCUGCUUAACAGUGUUGUGGGGAUUCAAACAGGAAGUCGUUGGUUUUAACAUACAUAGCAUCGAACAAAAAAACAGCGAAGCUCGUCUAGGUGUUUAUGAAGCCGCGACAGUAAGCGGGCAGAACAAAACAGUCGACUUUUUGUUUUAAAUUGGCGCGCCUGGUUGUAUCGCGAGAUUUCGAGGGCGACGUGAAGUCAGGCCACUUCCACGGGAACACAAAUGUACCAGUUUAGCUUAAGCUAACGGUCGAAUCGGCAAAAUUACAACCACAAACGUAGCGUUAACCGUUUACUUGGUAUUUGUAAUUAACUAAACAAUAUGUUCUUAGGUCGCUGGCUUAUAUGUAAUUCCAUGUUUUGCUCUAAAUGUUAGUUCCGUUAGCCGCUAGCUAGUCAUCCUUAGCUAGCUAUUCUUUCAAACCUAGCCUCGUGUGCAUCCAGAUGUAAAUGGCUGCGAAGCAGAAGACGAGCUGGACACUGACAGGCGCUGUGGUUGCCGGUGUCAUUGCUCUGUAUGUGCCCUGCGUGCAAAGAACGGUCCCCGGCGGAGAUUCAGCCAAUCGCGUGACGCCUUGUUGACGCUGCAGUGGCGCUGUCCGUGGUGCUGCAAGCGCAAGGACAGGAGAGCUGAUCACCACUGCUUGUGAGCUGGGGGUCGCCCACCCUCCCGGGUACCCCCUCUUCACCCUGCUAGCUCGCCUGGCUAUACGUCUUCUGCCCUCGCAUUCUCCCGCCCACAGUGUGAACCUGCUGAGCUGCCUGCUGGGGGCUGCAGCUUGUGGAGCCCUCUGUAUUACCGUGUGCAGGUUAGCAGGUCCGGGUCCUGGAGCGGUAUUGGCUGGGGGACUGUUUGCUGUGUCUAGAGUCAGCUGGCAGUGGUCUAUGGUGGCAGAGGUGUUCACGCUCAACAACCUUUUCGUUGGUCUGCUCUUCUACUUGACCAGCAGCUUCCAUUGUGCUGAAAACGCCUUACAAAGAAGGAAGAUUGCACAUUGGGGGGCGCUAUGCUGUGGCUUGGGUCUCUGUAAUCAACACACAUUGGUGCUGUAUGUGUUGGUCAUCGCUCCCUGGGUCCUUUACCAACUCUGCUGUCACAAGGAGCUGUCUCUUCAUCGCUUCGUGUCACUUGGGGGGUGUUUCCUUGCUGGCUUUCUGCCGUACGUCUACCUGCCCGUCUCCUCCUACCUCAACACAGCGCGCUGGAGCUGGGGGGAUCAGACCACCCUGCCUGGUCUGCUGACCCACCUGCUGAGAGCUGAAUACGGCACUUUCAGUCUGGCAAAGACAGAGAGUUCUGCAAACUUGACGUCAAUGCUACAGGCACAGAUCCACCACUGCCUCGCAGAUCUUUCCUUCCCGGCUCUGGUCCUCGCAGGAACUGGCCUGCUGCUUUCCUCGUUGGACAGGACAUGUCGCUCAGUGUCGUGGCUGCUGGUGACCAUGCUGGUGGUCUACUCUGUGUUCUUUGCUUGGAGAGCAAACCUAGACAUCAGCAAGCCUCUUCUGCUCGGAGUGGUUGAGCGUUUCUGGCUCCAGAGUGAUGCUGCAGUGUGUGUGCUGGCAGGCCUUGGCUUGAGCUGGAUGCACACCGAGCUGGAGAGGAGGCUGGGCUACGGGGGGCUGUGGAAGACCACAGGCUGGGUCCUCACCGUGGUUCUGCUGGCGCAUAUGCUGCACACCAAUCACAGGGAGUGUGAUCAAAGCGGUAACGGCGUGGUGGAGAGAUUUGGCAGGGAGCUUCUGGCCUCUGUUCCAAAAGGCUCCGUCGUCCUGACUAGAGGAGAUCUGCCUGGAAACUCUCUGCGCUACUUGUACUACUGCCAGGAUGUACGGCCCGAUGUGCACCUGGUGGACCAGGAGAUGAUGACAUAUACUUGGUAUGUGGCCAAGCUGGCGAAACACCACCCUGGGGUCCACUUUCCUGGCCGAUGGUGGGACCCCGUUCACCCUGAGGGGGAGGACACCUUCAGUCUGGAGCAGUUCCUGUUCCACAACGCCGAGAAGGAUGUCGUCGCCUGCAUCGGGCUGCCCGAUGGAGAUUUAAGCUGGAAACACAGCUUCAGUCGCUGGCCUCUGGGUGUGUGUGACUACCUGGUGCCAAUUCAGAGGCAAUUUCACCCUGAAGAGUGGGCUCGUCUCACCCGCGACAUCUACAAUUGGAGUGAACCACAUAACAGUUUCCAUCCUGCAUCCUGGGAGCGUGUUGCUAAUGAAGAAAUGUGGCAAGCCAGGAUGAAGACAGCUUUCUUUCUGUUUGACCUGGCAGAAAUGAUGCAGGGAGAGGGGAGAGCGCGCCUCUUUGAGCUUUCUUACAUUCUGUAUAAGGAGAUUGUGGAGGCCCACUCAGACUACCCUCCAAACUGGGACAAGAACUUGGCCCUGGCCUGUGAGAGACUCCUCCGCUCGGGUCACCAGGGCUACGGACCAGACAGCCUGCUGACCUGCAGCAUCCAGCACUUCACACUCUACUUGGAGAAGGAGGCCGCCGACUCCCAGGCGCCCGCCAUACGCUACGCCAUCGCUCACCUGCUCAAAGAGAGAGACCGGCUGCGUCAGAGUGACGGGCGAACCCCGUAGAAUGAUCCAGAGAGACAUGCACGGCGCUGACUCCGGGAAGGCGUGGCGCCCCCUGUGGUCCCGGUGCUGCUCCAGCAGCUGACCCGAGCCUCAGUGGCGCUGGGCUGUCUUUACCAGCCUGCGUCCUACACAAAGCCUGCACUGAGCAGGACUGUGCCAAGCCUUCUUUAAGGGUCAAACCUUGACUUCACCAGACUCCGAGUGUCUCCUACUCACAUCUCUUCUCAGACUUUAGCGUGCUGAUCGUUUUUCCUCAGCUUCAGCCACUGCUCCUCUUCUGUUUCUCCCACAUUAGGACGGCCAGGCCAAGCUCGAGGGAAACCCAAUUUCAGGACAGAAAUGGAGGAUUAGCGCAGCUGUUUAAUCUAGGGCAAACUUGUGCUUGGCCAUACCCUUCUGCCCUCCCACCUACCCCCUACACAUCCAUCAGUCCAUCUUAGAUGGUCCUUUAAAAUGUUUAAAACUAAUGGAUUUGAUGAGUGUUUUUCUCUCUUCCUUACUAAACGGAAGGCUAUAAUCCCUCAUGGAUUUAAAUGAAAUGUGAAAUGUCACAAUGCCAGGAAGCCUUUUAGAGGUGCUUUUGUGUGUGUACAUGUAUGUGUGUGUGAACAUGCGUAAAUCUCCACCAAGCCCUUUCCCAGUCACAGCCUCGUAUAAAUACAGUCCAUAAACAGAUCGGCACAUGCUGAAAAGCAAAGGGAUUUGAUCAGAGAAGCACAAAUGCAUUUGAACUCCAGGGACACAAGACGUUCACCUCCACCACCAGAAGACGUGACUGUGGCGUGUUCUCCGGAGCCGACACCUCAGUCCACGCCAUACUGUAUGUGAGCACCAGGCUGGUGUCAAUGAGCCUGGUGCUGUGAGGUUUGUGACGCAGAGGUCAAAGCAGAAGCUUUGUCGCUGCGCUGUCGACAGAACCGAAGGACAUGAAGUGCGUGUGUUGUUUCAUUCUGGCGUCUCUGUUCACAGGGUGAGAGGCUGUCGGUGGCUGGACGGUUCUGACCUGCUGUGAAACAGAUGCUUGGAGAAAUCUGUGUUUUCUUCAGGUUCAAACAUUUAAAUAAAAACUCAUUUAAAUACGUAUUUUUGAGCCCAAUUAUAAAAUAUUGAUCAUAUUCGCCGACUCGAUGUUUAAAUUAAAUGAAUAAUUUGUGAAUUUUAGGAACAUUAUUCGUGUAUUUUGAUGUUUACAUCAGUCACCUGCCACCCCAAGCCUGAUCCCCUCCUGUCAGUUUUACUUUACUUUCUUCCUGUCCUCCCCUUUGUCAUCCCUGUCUUGUCUCCCACCUUUUCUGCCUCUCAUCCCCUCUCACCCUGUGUUUUCCUAACCCCUCUGUUCCUCUCCUUUCCCCUGUCGCUGAGAGUCAGUUGCCCACCCUAAAUCAGCAAGCUGCCGAGGAUUGUGGGAACCCAUGGAAUCGCCGUGACCAGGGAUGCAGGCAGGGAGCCACGGCAACGCAGGAAUGUGGGGCGUCUGAGGAGAUAAGAGCUGUGAGCCCAGCCAGGCAGAGGGGAGGGAUGCUGCGAGAGAGGCGCGAUGGAGGGAGGGGGGGCGCGAGGCGGCGCGAGGAGGGUGAGACGGAAACGGGGAGAACAGCAAGUCUGUGAAUGGAGAGACAGAAAAACAACACCAUAAACAGCCCAGAAAGCGAGACAGAGGAAGAGGGGCGGGGGACUUAGGGGGCACACACUGGAGAUGGGAAGCCAGCCUUAUUCCUCUUUGCAUUUCAUUUACAUCCCUGGCCGUAUCGACCAAUCGGAUUGGGAGCAAAGCCCAGGGCUUAGGAGGGGAAUAAAAAGACAAAAUGCCUUUGCUGCUCUCAUCCCUCACUGAUAAUACCCCUUCUGUUUUUCUUUUCUCUUCUCCUCCCGUCUAUAAGUAGAUACUGUCCGAAAUGCCAGUGGAAAAGCGACACCUCCGCUUGCUGUGUAUCUCAGAUAGACUGAGCGGGAGCAGUGGCUGAAAAGACAGCUUUAGCAGCUGGGCCUAUCUGCUCUCCUCUCUCUGGCUGGAUGGAAGCUCGCAGUGGAGGGAGGCGGAGGGCCGGGGUGUGUUGGUUAGUCUUUGGGAAGAGAAUAGAGGGUGUGAGAGGCAUGAUAUACUGAGCUGGCCACAGAUUUUGCAGAAUCUUCCACUCUGAAAAACUUUGCCUGCAGAUCCCUUUCUUAAGCAUGAGAAACCUAUUUCAGGGAUGUUUAGCAGGUGCCGCCCGUUUUUGUGAAGGUCGUCGGUGCCUUCUACCGAAGUACCUUACAUUCUUUAGGUGGGGAUUAUUGGCAUUCCAUCGUUCCAGGUUUAUCUGAAAGCACUUCAUACUGAGGGUGUGUAACAGUACAUUUAAGUCAUUGUUAUUUUGGUCUAAAUUAAAUAUUUUCCCAUGAACUCAUUAUUGUGUAUUGGAUGGAAUUAGGCCCAUUAGCGUCAGUCUGUGUUGACACGACGCUGUGAGUGACUUGUCUCAAGUUUUUGUUUGCUGUCACUCUUGAUGUGUGUGUUUCUCUGUGUGUGGCAGUCGGCCGUUUGUAUAUUUCCUCUGCUUGCGGCUUGCAGUUUAUUUGUACAGGUGUUUGCAUUUGGGUUGGACUGUCUCAGCUUUUCUUUCCCGGUGUUUGCUAAUGAGUUUCAUGUGUUUAAAAGGCUGAGCUCACGUUUGGGUGUAGGCCGCGCGCUUUAAUGCACCCAGAACGCGAGGGUGGGACCUGUACCUGCCUCCACCAGACGCCUGAGACCACGUGCAGACCACCUCCACCCUCGGAGCCCUCUGACUUCCCCCGGUCGGCCCAGCGUCGGCCCUGCAGUAAAACAAAGCACACAAUAGCAGCAGGUAUGUGAGGGAUUAGAGGACAGAGGCUUGAGGAAUGUGACGUCUCUGUUUACAGAUUCAGUCUUCAAAUGCUCGGUAGUGUCUCCCCUCAUGUUAAGAGGUGGUGUAAUUGCCAUUGAAACUGUAAAAAGCCCUGCCCUGGUAUGCACAUUGGUGAUGCGUAUGGUCCCAUCAGUUAUCAUACGUUUGAACGCUUCAGCAUGUGUGCACACGGAGGUAAAGUUAGUUUUAAUCUGUAAACAUGAAAUAACUUUGAGUUCUUCAGAGCAGGCUGAAUAUUAUCCCCAAGUUCCCUUUGUUAUCUUGUGUACACACAUUUGUUUAUUUGAUACAGCCCCUCUCCACUACAGCUCUCGUGUAUAUCAAAGACAGCAGUGCAGAGCGUAAUUGAAAAUGGCUACCGUGGAGAAAGGUCUCUCUCUGCUUUGACUGCGAAGAGGCAGAAAAAAGCCCCAUUCUCCGCUCUCUCCUUAGAUCUAUUUAAAUAAUUGAGGAGUAAACUGACAAAUUAGGCACCUUUAUGGACGCCCCUGGGCUUUCUCUGGGGUCCUUCAGUUUCUGCAGCACAAGAAAGCGCCACCAGGCACAGGAUAAUAUCGCUGUGUGCUUCAGGAGGGACGGGGGGUGGGGAGGGAAGGAGGGUAGUGGGCCAGGAGGGGUUUCGCCAAUCAAGUGGGCCACACUUCCUCCCCCAGGUUCUAAUUUUGUGCCACAUUAAAGAGCUCGGCCUCCAUUUAGGACACAGAGAAGCAUUUUCAUAAUUUGCCGGGUCUCUCGACUAGCUCAGGGUGCCGUUUUCCCCUCUCUCCUCCUUCUCCCGCUCUGUGUCUGAAUGGAGGGCCCGGGGAGGAUGAGGGCUAAUUCAUUCGCCUCCUUUCAACCAACCAGCGUCGGUUUUGCAUAAUGUUGCUGCUAGGUGUGAAUAGCAGCCGAUAUUUUCAGCAACACUUUAAUAAUUCUCCAUUAGACCUUUUAUAAGUGGUGCUCGUUGCAGCUCGUUCGCAGGCCUCUGCUGAGCAUUGUGCUGGGUUCGAUCCAGACCAUGGGUUCGUGUGUUGAUAGAAAUCUGCUCCCGCAUGCGCCCAGACCAUAAGCGAGGUUAAAGUUGUUCCGUUUCUUCUUUGUGACACCAUCCAUUCAUGCAGCGUGGCAUGCGUAAGCAUUGAUUCAUAUGUGAUUGGUCACAUAAUUCACAGUCUCAGGGGGCAUUUCAUCGCUGACAGACAGGCUAAUCUAAAAUCCCCCAAUUUACAAAUGAAAAUCCCACCAUCCAAUUGAGCUAAUAGAGGGACUUGAAUGGGAUAAUAAGAUGUGGUGUAAUACUGUGUAAAAAGCCUGUAAUGUUGUGUUGGUGUAAGAGCCUGUGUGACUGGAUGUUUGACUGUUUGCAGUGAUUACAGGGGCCUGCGGGCCUGGCGGCGGCUCCGUGGCUGGGACAGGGAGCUUCUCCUUGGGCAAGGAGAUACGCCUGUCUGCCCCUUCUGCUGGAGCUCCGGGGAGCAGGAUGUCAGGCGGGAGACUCGCUCUCUCUCUCUCUCUCUCUCUGUCUCUCUCCUUCGCUCGCUCGCACUCUCUUCGUUCCCUCCUGUCUCUUCCUCGCGUUCCUGGUCUCGCUGUGUCUGUACUAUUGCAGCGCUUGCAGAUGUGCACAAACAAGGGAGGAUUAAAGCAAAACGAAUCUAAACAGACAAAUGGAAUUAGAGUGAUGGGUGUCGGUGGGCUGGUUCACAGUGAUAAACAUAAUGAUGCUCUGUGAGUGUGUGUGCGCGAGGCUGUGUGUGUUCCUGUGUCUAGAGGAUUAUCAGUGGUUAGGUGUGUGCUGUGUGCGGCUCGGUGCUGCUGCUGGGCGUCUUUGUGUGUCUGUCUGUUUUUGUAAUUAUGUGUUUGUCUAUUAACUCAGCCUCUACGUGUGUGUGUGUGUGAUAUAUAAAUGUGUUAUUUCAUAUUCACAAACACAAAUCUCUGCCCUUUUGCAUGUGUUUGAAUAUAUAAAUGUGUACUUCUUAGUCAGGGUCUCGCCUCCUUUUGACUUUUCUAAUGUCUGGCUGUUAUUGCAAAUCAUCUGUGAAAUAUUAUGGUCUCAUGCUAACUGUGUGUAAAUGUUUGUGCGUGUGCACUUGUUUUCCUGUGUGUGUGUGUGUGUGUGUGUGUGUGUGUGUGUGUGUGUGUGUGUGUGUGUGUGUGUGUGUGUGUGUGUGCAGAAGGUCAGGGGUUUGGAGGAGCCAGCAGGGGGGCAGUGAUCAACAAUCUGGGUCUCCCCUGCCGAGGGGCUGUGGGAUUAGGGCUAAACCCUGCCCUGCCAGAUGGGCACAACACAUCCCCAACAUCGCACACCAGCACCGUCCUCCAGUGGAAACUGGAACCAAGGUUUGACACUGGCAUAUUUGCUUGUAGCAGCCACGUCGUCGAGCGUGUCCUUCUAGAAGCUGGCGAGGCGACGGCAGACGAGAUGACUGAGAUGAGGAACUCUUCAAAGUGUCAGCUAGUGGACAGUACGGCCAGUCAGCAGCCACCACCGCCUCCCCCGUCGCAGCCAGAACCGGUCGGUACCUCGCUUCAUUUUCCCCGCCGCCCCGUGGGUCAGGAUCCCCACGGCCCCGACUGAACUCACCCCGACCCGACCUCGCUGACCCGGCCGACCCGACCCGGCCGCUCCCGCCGCGACGGAGCGCCGCUCUGCGCCGGAGUUCAUAAAUCACACAGCAGCGGAGCCGCCGCAGCUGAAGAGGAGGUGUGAGCAGCUCCUCAAGGCCGACUGCAGAUGGACUCAGAAGGAACAAUCAACAGGCAGUGGAUUCAGUGGACAGGAAAUGGAGAAUGAGCUGUUUCAGCUCACUCAAGCAGUGAGGUCACAGCAUCUUUGGAGCCACUAAAGGAUCCACAAUCACCGUGUGUUGAGAUCAGUGGAGGGGAGCAAGAGUGGAAGCUCUCAGCAGCCGAGAGUCUUUUCCCAGUAUGGCUAACCCUUGAUUUUCACUACACCACCGUGUGCUUGGAAAGUCUCGUCUCUCUUUGUGAUGCCGGCGACUUAACCAGUAGCAACGCUGCUCAAAAAAGGUUAGAAAUCUAUUAAAAUCACAGCAGAGAGUCUGAUGCGAGGGGGGGCUCACAAAUUGCAUACAAUACAACAGAUCACAGUUUCGAAGGCUAGCACAGAUAAAAAAGAACACAUAUGUACCAUUUAUAUAAGACACACACUGAUUGUCUCUUAGAAACUACAUAUUGAUUCCUUAUAAACACUUUUUUCUUAAAUAAAGUAGUGCAUCCAUGUCCACACACCGUCCUCGUGUCCCUCUGCCUGCAGCUCGGCAAAGUUGUGGAAGAAUCUCCGUCCCCAGCGCUUCGCCGGGAGCGUGAGCGUGAGUUUUGUUCUCUGAUAAACCUAUUUCCGUGGCUGUGUUGUACUUUUCUUUCAGAGUCCCGUCUGUCUCGUGCUCAACAGGUGCUUUUGCGCGUUAGCGGCACGCGCUGACAGACAUGGAUGAGGGGCUACAACCUGUGGACGAACACAACAAAAAUCAUUGCCAGUGCUAAAAUAAAUUAAACGUCGCCUCUAGGAGGACCGGGACCACCGGGACCACCGGGACCACCGGGACCACCGGGACCACCGUCCAACAGACGCGGGCCCCCGGGAGCCCCGCCCGGCCGGGCCCGGCUCGUGUUACGCAGUCUUUACUGAGGGAUGGCAGCGGCGUGUCCAAUGCGCUCGUCACUGUUUGUGCACUUUUAUUUGACAGCUUCUGUUCACAGGACCUGGAAUUUCCACGAGGACGUUUGAUCCUUAUAAUCCAAGCAAUCGGCAUUGAAGUUCAGCUUCCACGACGCCGCCUGGUCCUUAUAAUCCAAGCAGUCUGCUGUGGAGUUGAAGCUGAGGCCGGACGACCCGUAGCCCUGGGUGGACAGCGACGCCGGGGACUGGUUCAGAUGGCUCGUGACCGCGUUUGUGCUCAUUGGGCUCAGUGUCGAGCCGGGGCCCGACAACUGAUGGUGCAUGGGAGUGAG